AUGGCGGCGAAUUUAAGUGAAGUCGUGUUCGAUUUAAGAGGCCAAACAGAUUUUUCAGAGAGGGGAAAAACAUUUUGGAACGCAAGUGAACUGGAGCUGAAGUUUUCUUUUGAGCGGGAGUGGAUGAAGGCGGUCAGGCGAGCAAAAAGACGACCAAACUAUGGUAUGGGGAAGAUGAAUAGCGGACUGGAAGAGGUUUGCGGCAACAAACUUGAGCUUUGUGGUCCACUGGUGGAUGGCUACCUUUUAGAAAUUGGAGAGCAGAUUGCUUCGAAACUAAGUCGCUCAAAAGCAACAUCAUUGGUAGGCCCAGUUGUCAUCUUCAUUCCGUGGCAGAUAUUUCAUAAUAAACAAGGUAAUAUUAAUUAAUAUUGUGAGAUUAGUGUUGAUCAAAGAAACACGAGUUUGUAGCUUUUUUUUCAAACAUACAUUAGUUACACGUCUGUGUCAACAUGGUCUCAUGUUGAAAUUUUCUAGACACUGUAUUUCCUGUAAAUAUAUUUAGCUUUCCAUCUGGUGUGUAAAAUAUAUUAUUUUAAAUUUUAUUACAACUUCAAUGAUAAAUAAUCUUAGGUGACAUUGCAGUUAAAAUUUACCUGGUUAAAAAAUAAACUUAUGUAAACUUUAUAAAUGGUAAUAAAAUAUGAUUAUGGAGCUUUCUGGUGAUACAUUGACAGUGAAAAGUCUUAUUUUAUAUAGUCUCACUUGCUAAUGUACCCUCAAGGCGUCUAAUAAGAACAUCUUUGUUUUCACUAGUGCUUAAUUGCCUACUUCGAAUCUCGCCGGAGAAAGUAUUUUCGCCGGCGAGAUUCGAAGGCCAGGAUGUUCUUAGAAAAAGACAUUUCAGUCAACAACCGAAAUCAAAGGGAAAGCUGUCGUCUGUUUACAAAGGCAGGUCAGCCGUUGUUGUAUCUAAAAACACUCCUUUUGUUGUUGAAUACAACCUCAAAAGUCAGAAGGCUAUGGUGACAUUUUAUAUUCAACGGUACACGGCAGAGGAUUAUGUUUUCGACAAAAGCUUACUAAGUCUCAUGAAUAAACAAGGUAAUAUUAAUUAA